AUGUUGAACAAUAAUAAUGGAGAGGGUGAUAGUUCCAUGCCUAAUGUAACAUCAUCAUCAUCGGAUUCGAGAGCUGAUAUGAUGAUGACACAGGAGGAUGAAGGUGUUGAUAUUGGAGAAAUUGCAAAGAAAUUUAAUCCAGCACAGGAUGGUGAUGUAGAAAUGGGAGAAGCCUCUUCGUCAUCUUCCGAUGGUGAUGAAGUUGUAAAGAGAUUUGAAGUUUAUUUAUCACAUAAAUUGUCUGAUAAACUUUACUUGCUACAAUAUCCACUUCGUCCAAAGAAUAAUAAUUAUAAUUUUCAACAAUUGAAGGAAGUUAGAUUUAAACCGAAUCACAACAAGAUGGAAAUGGAUUUUGAAGUGAAUACAAGAAGCGAACAUUAUAAUACAGAUUCUGGUCAAGAAUAUUCUACAUUUUCCCUUUCAUCAACUAGUGUUCCUGUCAAGGCAAAUUAUGCUGUUGGUAUUCUUAGAGGAAAUCAAUUGCAUCUUACUCCUUUGUGGAACAUGUUACAAUUACGUCCUGGUUUCCAACAUAUUAAUGAUGGUUAUUCAACUGGAAAGAGUAAAGUUGUAAGAAAAAAGAAGGGAGAAGAAGGAGAGGAAAAUGGUGAUAAAAAGAAUGAAGCUGUACCAAAUGCUUCUCAAGGAGGUGGUAUGAACUUUAGAUUACAAUCGGAUAGAAAGGCAUUGGAAAGAUCAUAUCAAUUUAUGAAGGAUCAAGAAAAUAAUGAAAAAUCCAUUAACUUGGCUCUCUAUUCACCUCAAGACUCUAGACAACAUAUUGAAUCACUCUUUGAACAAAGAGAUGAUCCUGUUAGAUUUAAUGUACCACCAACUGCCUAUCUUAAACAAUUGGUUCAAUAUAGAGAAGAAGAUCAAUCAGCUAUGGCUCAAGGUUCUUUGGGAGCAAUCAAGAAAAUCAAAUUGGGAGAAAGACAAGUUUACUAUGCCUUGUAUCUUGCUAAAAUUCUUCCAUUCUCAAAGAUUAGAGAGCUUUCAACACGUAUAAAGAGUGAUGAAGAAAUGCUCAAUGCUCUCCAGCGAUAUGGUGUAUUUGUGGAUGGUAGAUGGGUUCUCAAAUCAGAAUUCAAUGAAAAGAUUAUCAAAUUGAAAGACUUGGAUAAGAAUCCUUGGACUUGUCUUAAAUAUCCAAAAACAGCAGCCUUUAGAGAAUAUUUACUUUACCUCUUCCAAACAGAAAAGAAAGUUAUCAGAAAAAAGUUUGUUGAAAAGACUGGCAUUGAAGCUGAUAGGGCCAAACAAUUACUCGAAGAAGUUGCUGUAUUAAAGAAGGUAUCUCAAGACGCAGAUGAAGAUGAUGAAUUGGCUGCCUACUGGGUUCUUAAAUAUGACGUGGAUCAAGAAUUCAUUGACGAGUUUAGAUCAUUUGCUGGUUUGACAGUCAAGCAAAUGUGGACAAAGAGAGAAUUGGAAAUUAAUAACUUGACUAAUUCUAACUUUAGAGAUUUAUCAAUUCUCUUACAUGAUGUUCCAAAAUCAAAUGCAAGAGGUGUGGGAGGUGCUACACCAAACAGAUUUGUUGCUUCUGUGGAAAGUGAAUUGAAAUUGUUCAUUACCAAUACCCUUCUUGAAAAUGGUGUCUGUAGUGAUGUCUUACUCAAGAAGAAGAAGAAUGAAAACCCAUCUAAGUACAUUAAUAAUGCUAAGGAAGAAGAUUUCUUAAAAAUUUUGGAUGAAGUUUCUAUUGAAUUUAAUAAUGCUAGAAUUAUGAAGUACAGAUCUGAUUACUCAGAGAAGGAAAACAAAUAUAGAGAGGCCAUUGUAAAGGCAUUUAAAGAGAACAAAUAUUGUCUUUCAAAGCCAAACGUUAAGGAGGUCAUUAAGAAUGCUUUCAAUGAAGAUAUUCCACAAAACAGUUUUGUAAGAAUCAUGGUUGAAUUGGCCAUAAACGAUGCAACUAACAAAUGGCACGCAAAAACAGGUACUGAAGCUCUCAAACCUUCCAAUACUACUGUAUAA